CUUUAACUGUCUAUGGUUCAAUGUUGAAGAAAGCUGGCCUUCUCUCCAUUCGCGGCAUUCUGCGACCAAUAACAUUCGAGGAUUCAACAUUCUGCGACCAAUCGUCUUUCGAGCUUCGCAGUUUGCGGAGAAAUGUGGAGUUGAGUCUCUAUAUCUUUUGGUUUUUUUUAAGAGGUGCGUUCGUAAUGGCCGCCAUCCUGUGAAAGCUAGCAAGUUACUGAAGAAACAUGUUUGACAAACAUGGCCUCCACACCUCCACACAAUUUCUCCUGGGUCGAUCCAGACAAACUGGCUGGACUGGCACUACCCAGGAUGACAUCUGAAUACCAGUACCUGCUGGACAACGGUAUCAAACACCUGGUUUGCCUGUGUGAGAGAAAACCACCCUACUAUGACUCAUGCCCAGAGUUACAGCUGCACCACAUCAAGAUAGUGGACUUCACUCCUCCUUCACCAAGUCAGAUUGAUAGAUUCCUCUCUAUUGUGGAAGAGGCCAACUCCAAGGGGGAGGGUGUGGGAGUUCACUGCAUGCACGGGCAUGGGAGAACAGGGACCAUGCUGGCCUGCUACCUGGUGAAGACGAGGAAGAUAUCAGGGGUCGACGCCAUCAAAGAGAUCCGCAAUCUGCGGAAAGGCUCGAUUGAAACUCACGAACAAGAGAAAGCUGUGGUGCAGUUUUAUCAGCGCACAAAGUAGCUUUUACACAAGUAACAUACAGAGUGUGCUUCUGUUAGGAAGCAGAAUAGCAGUGGUUUUACAGAGGAUAAGCAUACAAUAAGUGGAAGAAGUGCCUCAAUUAUCUUGCUAAAUAAACAGGGAAAAACAAAAAUGAAUGCUUAAACAGGUAAUACAUUUAAAGAAAAACAGAAUGUCCUGGAAAAACAAUACUAAACCUAGUGUUGUCAUUACCCACACUAUGUCCCUGGGACAUUUAACUAAGACAGUAAAUACAUCCUCACACUGUCUGUUUACAUGGUACUGUAUCUGUAUACUGUCAUUUUUCUUAGCACAUGAUUGCCUUUGUUUAUAUAGACAUGUUUGCGAGGCUUUAAUCUUUAUUUAUGCACUGGACGCCAGAGAAAAGAGACGCUGACGCUCCUUGAAUGUGAGCUUUUCAGGAGCCGGCGCUCUCUUGGUUUUCUCCUUCUGGCUUCUGUGAAUAAAACAACACGGAUAUUCGCAGAAUUACUUGAAUUUUAUUAAUAGGGAAUCACUUAUGGGGACACAAACAGUAGCCUGUGCUUUUCUUAAAGUGCUCAUAUUAUGCUUUUUGGCUUUUUCCCUUUCCUUUAGUGUGUUAUAUAUCUUUUAUGUGCAUGUUAUAGGUUUAAAAAGUGAAAAAGCCCAAAGCCCCCCCCCCCAAAAAAGGGACUUACCCUCUCCAACAAAAAACACUGUUCACCAACUGCUCCAAACAGCUCUGUUGUAGUGCAGCCUUUACUUCAGAGACAAACGUGCGUCACUUUGUGACACACGUUAUAAUGCUCACCUAGCUGCUAGCGUGGCCACCCUCAUACUCUGCUCCUGACUGGCUAGUAGUCUUUACCUAGCUAAAUACAAUUACAAACCUGAAAUGAGCAUAAUAUAAGCACUUUAAAAUAUAUUUAUAGAGUGUAUUUUACUCAGGGAUCUCUUUCAUACACUUUCAAAGUUACUUGGAUGAAUUAAAUUACUAUAUUGUCAAACUAUUUAAAAAAAAAAGACUAAAUUAAGAAGCUUGGUGUAAUAGUAAACAACCACAUGAGCAUUUCAGUGUCAUUAAGUCAUGAGUAGAAAUGCUGCAUAUAGAAAUUAAAAAAAAGAAAUGCUUCAUAUACAGCUGCCUGUUAGAUUUGAUAGAAUUUAAUGUUUAAAAGUCAAAACGUUUAAACUCACUCUUUUGAGGCCAUGUUGUUAAUAUCUUGACUCAGUCCGCUUUGUCUUUGAUCUGCCAAAAAAACAUGGAAAUGUUGCAAUGUGAUGAGAUGUCUAAAGAGCACAGACUCUUUAAAAUAAACCAAACUGACAAGUA